UUUCUUUGUCUCUUCAGGAUUUAAUUCCUGGGCUUUUCCCAUCCCUUCUUGGCUGACUUCCAUGGGAAUAUAUCUCUGAGAAUUAAGAUUGAUUUUGUGUCACUUAUUUAUCCUACUUACAAUUAAUUGAUAAUAUCUUUCAGCUGUUGAAGUCAUGGCUCUUUUUCUCAGAACUUAUUUCAGAGAUUUAGCUGGGCUGUAAUGGGUUAAAGCUUAGAAACCUAGCUCUCCUGUUAAUCACGGAGCUAAUCUUGCCUCUAGGAAUUUAAUUGACUUUGGAGGAUGUGGUUUAAGGUGACCAAGUGGGGUCUAACAUCUUUCUAUCACCAAGCUUGUUUCAAGAAUGCCCUAUCUGGGGGGCAGCUGGGUGGCUCAGUGGCUUGAGAAUCAGGCCCAGAGAUGGGAGGUCCUGGGUUCAAACCUGUCCUCAGACACUUUCUAGCCACGUGACCCUGGGCAAGUCACUUGAGCCCCAUUGCCUCGUCCUUACCAUUCAUUCUUCUGCCUUAGAACCAAUACAUAGUGUUGGUUCUGUUCAUCUCAGAAUUGAUCCAAAAUGCAAGGAAGGUUCCACACCAGCAAUGUAACAAGAAGAGGAACUUUAUUGCUGGCUCAAGCUAGGAUCCAGGACCAGGAGUACAAGUCUGGACCUCGCCCAGGGGUUAGUUCAGGGUUUAUAUCCUGUUCAUAGGGUUUGGCUUUGCAGUUGCAGCUGUUGGCACAUGAUAAGCAUCGGGAGCAGCCUUGUGGUUUAUGGGGUCCAACAGUUCUGAGACAGAAGGUAAGGGUUUUAAAAAGAACCAAAAAAAUGUCCUGUCUGCUAUCCAAAGUUUGGGCUGCUAUUGAGGGAGGCCUGAGCAGGAAACUGCCUGGUCUUGGAAGUUCAGAACCAUAAAAAUGUCAAGAUCCCAGCAGCAGUAGGUACCAGAUAAGAACUUAGAAGCCAAGCAGACCCCAGCAACAUAAAAAUGUCGAAGUUCCAAGAAUACUAUGUAACAGAUAAGGGCUGAGGGCUGAGGGGACCUGUACAUGCCAGCAACAUUCCAACAGUGCCAUGUAACAGAUGUAUGGGGGGCCAUACAUGCUGGAGAGUAUAUAAGUCCCAGCAUUCAGGAGGAAAGACAAAUAAAGGGGAUCUAGAGGGGGAUAACAUAUUUCUAAGAAUCAUUUAUCAUAUUAAAGUCAUGGCAUGCUUUUGUGUUUUUUGAGAAAACUUAAAGCACACACACACACACACAAGCCUGACCUUCCAUGUUAUCAUCAGUAUUGUGUAUUGGCUCCAAAGUAGAAGAAUGGUAAUGUGGGAGAAACACACCAAAGUUUGUAGUUGGGUCUCACCUCAAGAAUGAGACCCUCGAACUCUGUUCAAUCCAGAAAUAAGGAAAGAAUUUUAUUUAAAGAAGUGGUUUAUGGUGGUGUGUCAUGGCCCAUCUUCACCCCUGCCACCUUAUCCCAUAUGGGGGGAAAAAGUAUUUGCUUUGGGCUUCUGAACAGACAGGUAGAUGAAGGGAAAAAAUGUCUUCAGCAUGGUGGGGAAGGAGAAGGGAGCAGCUCCCUGUAAUCCCUCUGCCUUUGUAGUAACAAACUCUAGUGGGCAAUGGCUAGCAUGCCCACAGAGAGUUUUCUGUGUGUCCUUUUGGCAUGUGUGUCAUAGGUUCACCAUCACAGAUCUAAGGGCUAGUCAGGUAGCCUCAGGGCUGACAGAGAAGUCCAGGAGCUAGUAAAGCAACCUCUUUGGAGGUGAUAGUAUGGAGUAGUAGCUCCCCUGUAAAGUGGCAGCUUCAAUGCCCUGUGGUUCAGGGUCAGCAUAUUUAUUGGAGUCUGGGAGCUUGUCAUCUUCUAUUCCAAAUUCAGGUGGAGGUAUGUUUUGUGGUUUGUUGCCAUAGGGAAUAAGUAACAUGUGCAAGUUUGGGGGAUUUUUCUUGAAUACCAGAGUCCCCAAUGCACGGGUUCCAUAUUCCCCCAUUGUCAUCAUUUUUCAAUGGGAGAGAAGUCUUGCUGCCCUUCUGCAAUGAGAACAUGGUGGGGGAAUGUGGUACACUGGAGGGCCAUUAUGGGCAACUAAUUAUAUCUUAUAGUUCUAAAUACAAUAAUAGUAAUUAAUAAAGCAGACUAGGCAUAAAGCCGAAGACCAGUAUAGAAUAUUAUAAAUCCAGGAAAGAGAAUGGGUAAUUGAUCAAUCUACAAUUUAUGCUUGACUAAUGCUGAAACUACAGGCUUUGCCUAUGAUGUUUGACCAGUACUAAUGAGAGUGAAAUGCAAGGUUUCAGAGUAUGAAGGUCCCUUUCCUAUUACUGCCCCUCACUGCCUGCUGACAGCCAAUAAAGGUUAAGUGAUUUGCCCAGCCACAUAGCUAGGAAGUGUCUGAAGACAAAUUUGAACCCAUGAACUCUUGUCUCUGAGCUUGGCUUUCAAUCCACUGAGCCAUCUAGCUGCCCCACUUGAUAAACCUUUUAACAGAUGAAUGUUCCACAAUUCUUUUAAAAAAAAAAACCUUUUCUUGACCCAGGGAAAGAGCAAAGAAAUACAGACAUGAUCAUUUAAGAGGAAAGUAAACCUGUGUAUUCUAUAAUUUCCACUUUUGUGGUAGUUAUGCUUCAUAACUACAAAAGAAUGUCGUUUUCCUAAAGACUGACAUUUUUCAUUCAUUUCCUACUUGUCUUGUUGAAAACAAAAAUUCAUGGCAAAAUGAUGAGAUGAUAUAAAACACACUUAAUAUGAUACAUUUUAUAAACUUGACUACCUUUUAAUUUGCAUGAAGCUGUUUUCUUCUCAAGGAAUAGACUUUUCACAUGCAAUAAAUCCUAGAGAUCCUUCGGUUUUCAAAUUUGUUUGAAGGGGGCCAGUGACAUCAUUGGGUGCUGUGUGAAUUGAUUUAAGUCAAGCAGGGUUGCACAAAGUUGUCAGUCUCUCUCUGUCUUCCAGAGUCAUCACAGUCCCUUGGCUUUGUCAAGAAGACAAGUCAGGAAGACUGCUGAUGGCUUUGGAUGAAGUGGGUGGCCCUGAGGGCUUCAGUGUCUGACCAAGCUCUAAACACUCCAGAACACCUGGAACAAAUUGUCCUCCCCUGCCCAUUCCACACUGCGACGUCUUCACAUGCUGGCAGACUCUCCCAGUCACUGAAGGGUUGAAGACCUGUCAGUUAUCCUCCACCUGGCCAGAGCAGCCAGUUUACUGGGAUGAGGCCAACGCUCUUGGCAUAGCUUCCAGCCACAGAUAAGAGAUAAGUGAAAGGAGACCCGAAAGGUGGAUGGGCACAUGGGGGCGACUGUUGCUAGCCAGAGCCCCAGGCUUAUCUCGAAAAUACCGCCGCCUCCAGACUACAAUUCCCAGAGGGCCAUGCGAGCUGAGGUAGUCUCCAAAUUCUUGAGAGUCAGAGAAGAUUAUUUCCGUAUAUGUCGCUCCCACCAGCCCUCUCUCCAACUCUUUCUUACUCUAUCAAAACCGUUUCCCCUUCCCUGUCUUGAGCUGACCCGGGUUGGGGUGGAUGUGAGCCCAAAAGCGGCAGGCGGAAGUUUUGUGGAGCUCUUUCUCCACAAAAGGUUGGGGAAACGGAGGGAAGGAGCGGGCGCCUCUAGCCGAAUGGAACCCUAAAGAGACUUACUUUGGUUCGAUUACAAUGCACGAGCAGAUAUUGAGUUCCUGGAGGCGGGUUGUAAUGUGAGCGGAGCCAAUUUCCGACCCCGCCUCCGACCUGCCCUUCCCAGGUGAUCUCUGGGCUGGUCCUGAUCCUCCACUUCAGAGACCUUCCACCUGUGGCAAGUCUGAGAUAGUGAAUUUCUGGCUUUUGCCUGUAUCUGCCCAAGUCUCCAUACUUUCCUGGGCUUCAUCUCUUCCUCCUGGCAUCCCCCUCUUCUCCCGCAUCCCUCCACCUUCUCUGCUGUUAUCAGAGCCUCCCCCUCCUGAAGGCACCAGCCCGCUUCGGUUCUCCUGUUUUAUCCCUGAAGAGAUUCUGUCCUGGAGACAGUCACCUCCCGGAGAGCAAGCGCUGUUUCCUUCUGGUCCUUCCCCAGCCUCCUCCCUGGGGCGCCCCUCAGAGGAGAAGCGGAAAUCUGUGUCCUGUGUCGAGGAGAGACCAGCAGCCCGAGCCCUGCUUCUCAUCGUGCUCAUUUCCUCCCCAGCCUACUGCUGUAACCACUGCUCGCCCCGAGGAGGAGGGGAUGACCUCUGCGCCCUUGCAAGCCAGGCCCUGCCGGGUCUCAAUGACAUUCAAGGAUGUGGCUGUGGAAUUCACGUCAGAGGAGUGGGGAUGUUUGAAGCCGUUUCAGAAACAGUUGUACAGGGAUGUUAUGCUGGAGAACUAUAGGAACUUGGUCUCCUUGGGAUUUAUAGUUUCCAAACCAGAUGUGAUCUGCCGAUUAGAAAGGAAGAAAGCAUCUUGGAUGCCAGAAGCAAAUGUUCCAAGAAGCAGCUCUGCAAAGAUCAAAGGACUAAUUGAAGAUAAUCUUUAUGAAUGUAGUGAAUGUGGGAAGGCCUUCAGAAAAAAGAGAGAACUCACUGUGCAUAAAAAAAUUCAUGCUGGAAAAUGUCUUUAUGAAUGUAAGGAGUGUAAGAAGACUUAUCACUUCAUCUCAGCUCUCAAGCGACAUCAAAAUAUUCAUACUAAAGAGAAACCUUAUGAAUGUAGUAAAUGUGGGAAGGCCUUUGGGGUGGAGUCAUAUCUUAUUAAGCACUGGAGAAUUCAUACUAGAGAGAAAAAUUAUGAAUGUAAAGAAUGUGGAAUAGUCUUCCCAAAUAAGACACGGUUUACUUUGCAUCAAAGAAUUCAUGAUGGAAAGAUUGUUCAUAAAUGUAAGGUGUGUAAGAUGACUUUCCUCUAUAUCUCAGAUCUCAAGCGCCAUCAAAAUAUUCAUACUGGAGAGAAACCUUAUGAAUGUAGUAAAUGUGGAAAGGCUUUUAGGGUAAAGGGACAUCUGACUGAGCAUCAGUGGGUUCAUACUGAAAAGAAACCUCAAAAAUGUGGAGAGUGUGGGAAGGAAUUCAGGAAUAGGGCUUACUUUAUUGCACAUCAGAAAAUCCAUGCCAGGGAAAAUCUCAAUUAAUAUAGUGAAUUUGGGAAGGGCUUUGGGAGAAUAUCAUAUCUUACCAAACAUCAUAGAAUUCAUACUGGAGAGAGGCCUUAUUAAUGUACUGAAUGUGGGGAGACCUUCAUAUUUAAGAUACAUCUCUUUUUUUAAACAUUUUAAAAUUUAUUUUUAAUUAAAUUUGAUUUUAAAAUAUUUUUCCAUGUUUACAUAAUUCAUUUACUUUUGUAAGAAUUUAAAAUUUAGGAUUUAUGCUAAUAUGAAAUUGUAGCAGUCCACCUCUAGCUAUGGGUAAGGGAAACAGUAUGUACAGAUUGUCUUAGAAGAGAGCAUGCUCAGUCUUGAGCAUGCUCAGUCUUGCGCUUGGCUAGGAAAGCCUCUGACUCUUGACCCCAGCUUCCCCGAGGUUAGGCGGGAAAACAGGUUUCUUUGUGCUCACCUGGCUAAGAGAAACCACACCUAUACCUUGUCGUCAACCAAUGAUAAUCAUCCCUAUGUAUCGUGUAUAUUUACAUAUCAAAGACAUUAAAAGCAGCCACAGCAAUCUCAGCCCUCUCUCUUCCCUCUCUUCCUCUUGGAUCUCAGAUCCCACUGAUGUCUGUCCUUGCUGGAGCUUGGCCUCUGGCCAAGCUCCAUCUUUAAUUCCAUUCCUUCUCUCUCUCACCUGGGACCUGGCCUUCAGCCAGGCACUUUCCUUUCUCUAUCAUCUCUCUGACCUGUGUAGUAUUAAGUUUGGAUCUUUGGAUGGGUACAAGCCUUCUGAGUAGUCCACUGAUCGGAGUUUUGCUGUGGCUCAUUGAUAAUUAAUAAGGCCUGCAUUUCUCAUUCCUGCCACUUCAUAUCUCUAAUUUGGCUCAACCACCCCCCUCGCGGUACCCAGAACCUCUAUCCUUCCUCUAUCUUCCUACCUUAAAGCUUCUCUCACCUCGGGAAGCUUUAGAAAGUUCUAAAGUAACACUGUGGUCACCAGUUUAAAAAAUUAAGUCACAAGUCUGUUAACUGCUCUUAACAAUUUAGUUUGAUAGAGAUAUAGUAAAAGAGAGAAAUGUAAGAAGGAAAUCGAAAGUAUUGCCUAGCUAAGGACCCUAUAAUUUCUGUCCAGCUCACCACCCAGCAAGGGCUCUCAAGUCAUGAUCUCCACAUUGUAUAAAUGGAGAUUUUGAACCCUAGACUUCAUUCCCCAGAAGUCCUUGGUAAUUCCCAGAAUUCCCUAUAAUAUCUCCUGGGGCUCCAAGUUGGCAAGAUCACGUUAUUUGUAUUUAUCUGUCAAUAAUGCUGCCCACGCCAUCUCUCUUCUUUGCAAUGAUGUAGCAACUAUGGUGGUAAGGUGGAGAUGGCUGAAAUGACUAACCAGCUAUGGGCACGUGUUUUUUUUUAAAUUUUGUAUCCUCUUUAUUCCUUGAUUUCUAAUGAUCCUUAAUAAUCUCAUAAAAUAUAUUUUUUUAUUAGAGAUAGAAUUUAAUUUUUACAGUUUUUGGCGACCAGAAGGGAUAAGAAUUACUCUCAAAAAAUUAUUUUUAAGAUAGCCUGGAUAAUUUUUUUUAAUCCAUGUUUAUCCUGCCAAGGCUUUUGGCCAACCCAACCCACCCACCCACCCUCACAAAGCCACUUUUCCUGACUCAGCUCACAUCCACACUAUGACACAGCAUUUAUUGCAAGAAUCUAAAAUCCCCAGAAUUGAUGGAUUCUGGGAGCAGCCUUCCAUCUUGCUCUUCUACCUGUACUAUUCUCCUGGCCAUUCUCAACAUUACUCUCUAAAUUAAUAAACUUCUCUUUUUAUUUUUAA